GAGAUUUUUUGGACAAAGCUCUGGGCAGGGUUCUUGACAUGUUUUUCUUAAUUUAUCGCUUAUAAUUGUCACUGUUUAUAGUUUUGUAUAAAAAGUCUUAGCAAAGUGAAUUGAUCUCGUCAGCCUUAAGCGUGAAAGUUGUCGCCAGAGGUGUCUACCCAUUGUUGAAGACAGGUAGACAAAUGACCAGACUUAUAUUUCUACUCAAGACCUUGCCAAUGAUUGAUGAAAUCAUUACAAAACAACAGUGUUCAGCUUUAAAAACAAAGCUUUAGAAAGCUCACAUGGAAUCUUAAUGGACAGUGUUGAGAGAAAAAGAACUUGUAUGAAGUAUCAGUUCUAGAUGUUGUGUGUGUGAUAAUAUCAAUAAUAUAAGUUCAUUGAAAGACAUAGAUAAACUCGCUGCUUUAAGUUUACAAAAAAGAUUGACGAUGACCUUUGUCAGAUGAAACCUGAUUGUUGUCACUAUUUACAAAUUUCAUUUGUUUGUUCCUGUGAAAUCAACACCUUAACGAGUUUAUUUACCACCUGUUCAGGUAAAAAGUCAUAAGAUAGAGAAAACAUCCAAAGAAGAAGAUUGUUUUUCAAUGGCAGACUAUUUUAGUCAUGGAAUCUGCAGUAGAUAGAUAAACACAUUGAUGAUUAAAAUGUAUACUGACCUGUGGAUUAUAAUCUCUAUCAUCUGUGUUAUACUUAGUGCUAAUGUCAACUCAUACAACCACAUAGCUGUCCAAGACUCUGGAUGUGCUGAUGGAUCAAGAAUAGGACUAUAUGGACAUGACAACAUUGUGACGUGUCAAGGACAAUGGAAAGGACAUAUAAACAACAGUAGUCAUUUAUGUGCAGCUGGAUGGAAAGUGUGUUCAUAUGAAGACACAGAUUUACUUGGAACUAUAUCGUGGGAGGAAGCUAUAUCAGUGGAGGGAUGUUACAGUAUGAAUGCUGCACAAGACGGUGGGAAAUGUCAGAAAUGUGCUGAAGAUUAUGGUCAGGAUGACAUGGCUGGUAUUGGUAGAGGAUGUCCACAUCAGAACUUUGGUCAAACAUCCUGCAUUCGUGGAGGACGAAUAGAUUCUAGUUGUUGUGUUGACUCACAUUUCCAGCAAGCUUGUCAUUAUAAACCUAACAUACAUGGUGUUGUAUGCUGUAAACUCCCAAGCAGAAAACCUAAAAUAGUUGUCAAACCAAAAUCAAAAAUAGAAGUAAAUACUGGUUUAAUUUUCCUGUUAACCUGCCAAGCUACUGGCUCACCUGCUCCUAGAGUUCAGUGGUAUAAAGAUGGUACCCAGAUUCCUGUCACAAACAACAGAAUACAGACAUUACCUUCAGGUGACUUAUUAGUUACAUUAGCCAAGAAAUCUGAUACAGGAUUAUAUAGUUGUGAAGUCAUCAAUACAGAAGGAAUGGAUAUGGCUAGCUCCCAAGUCAUAGUUAGAGAAUACAGUUCAGGAUGCAAAGAUGGCACAACAGAAGGUCUAGAUUUACAUAGAGAUGUACAUGCUUGUUCUGGGAAGUGGGAAGGACAUGUGAGAAAGGGGAGAUCACUCUGUAAGAAAGGUUGGAGAGUAUGUAACCCUACAGACAGAGAGGUUUUACAUGGGUUAACAUGGCUAGAUAUGUUAGAUUUACAGGGAUGUUAUGCCUAUAAUGCUGCAAUGAGGAAAGGACAAUGUAAAAAAUGUAGAGAAAGAAAUAUGGCAGGUUUUGGUAGAAACUGUGGUAAAUUAAGAUAUCAACGUAAAAGACAAUCAUGUUUAGCUACAGGAAGAGUUGAUGUGUUUAAAAAGUCUGAAUCUUCAUCAGGUUGUUUCUAUAAAGAAGGUGUUACGUCUGGAGUCCUGUGCUGCAAAAGGAAAACUAGAAAAUCUAAGAAGAAGCCAUCAGCUGUAUGUUCGUCUAAAUGCUUGAAUGGUGGUAAAUGUAUGGGACAUAACUAUUGUCAAUGUCCUAGUGGCUACAAAGGAGCUGUUUGUCAAAUACCUAUAUGUAGAUAUGGUUGUGGAGAUUUUGGUGAAUGCAUAAAGCCAGGAGUAUGUCAGUGUAAGGAUGGUUUUACUGGUAAAAACUGUCAUAGAAAAGUUUGUAAACAGACAUGUCUUAAUGGAGGCCGAUGUGUGAAGCAUAAGUGUCGAUGUUCUUCAGGGUUUGAUGGAAAACAUUGUCAACGAAAAUCAACAGUUUUAUCCAAAUUAAAUAGAACAGAGCGAUGAUAACUUCCAAUCUGAAACACAAAUUCCAAACACUGCCAAGUUGUGAUGAUAUUCUGUGAUUCUAAAAACAUUGAAUGAAUUAAUGCAUAAUAAACUUGUGUUGGUGCCGUGACCCAAGGGUGCCAUACAGUUCUACAGAAAAUGACUGGACAUAACUACUGAUACAGCUGUACAGAAGCUAAUAUAGACAAGAUUCGGAUUCAAAUCUAGAACAGUAUUUUGUUAGUGAGAUUACAAAAACUCAUUAUACCAAAAAUAAGUAGCACCAUAUAUGGUCAAUAAUCAAAUACUUGUCAUUACCAUACUACAAUGUAGUGAUCUAUAAUGAACUACUGCAAGUGAAUAUGUUACUUCAAGGAUAACAUGCUUUAUGGUGAUGUCCAUCAUUAUUAUGGCUUUUGGUAUUUUUGCUUUUAACCACAAAACCUAUUAAAUUGGUACAUGUAACAACAAAUAUUAGUAUCACUUUGGAUACAUAAUUCUAAUAUUUUCUUAUACCACUUUUGAUUGAAAUGAUAUUAUGAUGUCCUGAAAAUUGUUGUACAGCUUUCCAUAUUGUUAGUUUUGUUGGUAAAUGUUACGGCAGCAGGUGGUUGUGAAAUCCAAUGUGACCCUCUUUUUUAAUCGUAUUUAGAAUUACUUCUUCUGUUUAAAGAAUGGUUCAGAACACAUCCAAGUAACCAAUAUUAAUAAGGCAUGACAAGCAUAAUUGUUAUUUAAAGAAUAGAGCAAAAGGGCUUGUACAUUUUGCAAAAACUUUAUAAUAAUUUAUAUUGUCUACUCAAAUAAAAUAUACAAAUAAAUAGCAUCAUUUAGGGUAGAAACUGUGAAAUUUGAACAAGAGUAGUAAAUAUAAAACUUUACCAAUAAUAAGCAUAGUAAUUACCUCUUAAUUGAAUACUGCAAUACAGGGUUUUGUUUAUCCCCUGAAUCUGUCUAAUUCAUCUAUUAAUAAUUGAAGGAAUUAAAAAGUUGUAGUUUUAAGGUGGUACCUAACACUUUCACUAAAAUUAAUUUGGCUCGUUUAAUUUUCAUAAAAUUUUAACAAAGUAUAUUCUUUGAUCCUUUAACAAAAAUAUAAAAAAAAAUCAAAAAAUUUUAACCAAUUGUUUUGUCAGGAAAAUUACACUGGUUAUAUAGCAGUUUGACAAAUACCAAUUUUGAUAAUUGAGAAGCUUUAUGUUCCCUUUACAAUACAAUGUAAUUAAAACGUUUAGCUGAUUUUGCAGAGUUAUCUCCCUGUAGUGUUAGGUACCACCUUAAUCAGUUUUUUAUUUGGAAAAUUAGGAAACACUUCACUUGAAAGUCAAGGAAAAUAAAAUGUGUUGUGUCAUUAUAGAAUUUGUUAUAGAUGUUGUUUAUAUUAUUUUUUCAUUACAUUGUUAUCGUUCAUUUGUAAAUAAACAUUUUUUGUAUUUUAUUUGUUAUGUAAGUAAACUUGUAAAUUUGUAAAUACACUUAUUUAAAUACCACAUGUACAAAUGUAUGUAAUUCUGGAAUCUGCAUUUGUAAAGUAUUCUGAGUGUUCAUUUAGUUUGACUAAAAUAUUGUUUGUGCCAAAUUGUUUUCCCGAAAAAAAUGCUUCAAAAAAUCUAACUGAACAAAUAGUAGAAAUCAAAUUGAUAAUUAGUUCUCAUAAUAUUUUUUUUCAAAUGGAAUUUUUGGGUACAUUGAAAUGUUGAAUGGCUAAGAAAAAUAUUGUGUUUAUGGUAAAUCACUGAUAAUUGUUGUUUUUUUUGCUUUAAGAAGCAGGAAAAAAUUCUUGACUUAUUCAAAGAUUGCAUAAUAAACUUGAUUAAUAGAUUCAAGUCACACACACAUUUUUAUUAGACCUUAGGACUGUAAUGCUCAAGUGGAACUACCUCAAUAGUUUUAAGGUUGUUAUGUUACACGAUAGAAUUAAUUGACUUUUAGAAACAUGUAAAAUCUGCAAAAAGAUUUUUCAGUUUAGCAAUACUUUUUAUGUUUUGUCUACAUUUUAAGCAAUAUAAAGAGCUUAAACAGCAUCUUGGUAUAAAAUCCUGUUUCAGGAUAUAAUGAUCUUCCUUCAAGCUGAAAAUUCAUAAAAAGGCUAGAUACCUUAAUUUUUAACUUAUUAGUGCAAUAUUAUUGUAAAUUGAAAAUGAUUGGACUAGAUAUUUACGGUAGUUAGCACUGAUGUAGAAAUGGAAUUUCUUUUCAGGGACAUUUUAUUAAAAUGAAGAAAGUUUUCAUGAUAUUGUCUUAUGGUAACAUUUUAAAGUAAAAAUGUUUUCAUUGGUUCAAAAUUUUAAUCCUUGUUAUACCAUCUAACUUGAAUUUCAAAUAAUAUUUUUUUUAUUAAAAUAUUGUUCAAGACAUUCAUCUAUAGUAAAUUCAAAUUGAAAUUUGUGAGUGCUAUUCUUUAGUGAAUUAUAUUUUUAAAAUGAAAUUUAUUAUCUUCAUCUUAAUUUUGUUUUUUGUAUGUGAAAUCUAUAGAAAAUAACAUAGAAUUUUACUUUAUAAUACGUAUACGGAACUUUUCCACAUAAUCGACAGAAAGUAUGAUUUUUUUUUAAAUUUCUAUGAUGAGAGUUAUUACAAUCCCUCUGUUUCCAUAAUACCGAUAUCUAAAUAGUUUUGUAACUCUGGUUUCAGGACUAACUCAUGAUGGAAAGAUAUAUAAAAGGUGUUUGCUUCAUUUCUUCUCUAAACAUAAUCAAUAAUAUGGACAAAUAACUGCACUGUUAUAUUUGUUACUAUAAAACAUAUCAAUAACAGUUAUCUUCUAAAAUAACUGUUAAUUCAUUAAGAUCAUUGUCAAAUUAUUUGUUGUAAAAUAAAAUGUUAGUCCCAAUUAAUAAUGCAUUUGUUGUAUAGAUUUCUACAUGUGUUUAUAUAUGUUGACAAUUGUUAUAUAUUUUUAUGAGAAAAAAGCCAGUGGUUACAAUAAAACACAAUGUUACUUUGA